CAUAUUUUACAAUUUCAAAAUCAAAAAAAGGUAAAUGAAUGUAGAAAAAAUAAAAUAAACUAAAAUUAUGUUCGCAAAGUAAUACAUAGAGGGCAGUAGACUACUUUGCCAGAAAGAAAUUAUCAUCAAAAUGGCAGCCACCAGUGCAGAGCUCGAGAAAGAUGGACUCCUCACCCAGUUUAUUGGCGUUACUGGCGAAAGGGAAAGAGCUUCGUUCUUUCUUGAGUCGUCAGGAUGGAAGUUGGAGGUAGCGCUAGAGAGUUUCUAUGAUAACUCAGAUGACAUGGUUACUGAUCCACCAAGCAGAGACCCUCCCUCUGAAAGACAGCCUGAACCCCCUAGGGUUGAACCACCUCCUGCAGCUCAGCCACAGGGAGGAGGCAAAGCUAAAGGAUCAGCCCCAAAAGGAAGAGGAGGAAGCAGCAGUCGUAUAGCCACUCUGGGUGACUAUUCAUCUAAGAAAGCCAAUGAUGACAGUGAUGAAGAAGGACAAGCCUUCUACGCGGGUGGACCAGAGCAUGGCAGCGGUCAGCAGGUGGUCGGUCCCAAGAAGAAGAAGGUGGAAUCGGACAGUCUCGUCAAAGACAUCUUCAAACAGGCUAAAGAGCAUGGUGCAGAGGAGGUAGCCGGUGGCAGCCCUUCAACAUCCCAGCCAAGAAACACCUCAAGAGCCUUCAGGGGUGCCGGCUACAGACUAGGGGAAUCUCCCCAGGAACCUGUGGUACCAGUACCAGGCACCUCUGGUACAAUGCCUGGUCCCAAGCCAAGAGAGAGGCAUGUAGUUCUUAAGAUGUGGAAGACUGGUUUUAGUAUUGAUGAUGGUGAACUCAGAGAUUAUAGGGAACCACAGAAUGAUGCCUUCCUCAAAGCUAUCAUGAAAGGGGAGAUCCCAGAUGAGCUGCUGCAGCUGGGGAAGGGAGGUGAGGUGAGCCUAGAUCUAGAAGAUCAUCGGAGUGAGGAGUUCAGUAGACCCAAGCAGAGCACCAAAGCUUUCACUGGACAUGGUGUUAUGUUGGGCAGUCCCACACCGACCAUGAACCCAGGAGCGCCUAGUGUGCAGUCCCAAGGGACUCCAUCACAACAGUCAUCGGGUGCAACACCAACCUCGGCAGCUUCGAUAGAUGUGGACCCUAACCAACCCACUACAACACUGCAGCUUAGAUUAGCAGAUGGUUCCAGACUUACAGGAAAAUUCAACCACAGUCACACAGUCGGAGAUAUCAGGAAUUUCGUCACUGCAUCAAGACCCCAGUAUAGCGGACAAUCCUUCAACCUCUUGACAACAUUUCCAAAUAAGACUCUCACCGACACCAGCCAGACGAUAGAGGGCGCCAAACUAAUGAAUGCGGUCAUCGUCCAACGGUUGACGUAGCUUUUGGUUUAUUUAUUAUUUGUGCUUUAGUUCACGUUUUUGUCUCUGGAGAGACGAUGUGCAUGUUUUGUUGUAUUAGAAUUUCAAACAUAUAGAUAUGUUAUGGUGUCAUGAAAUGAUAACAAACUUGUUUUCAAAUUCAUUUUUAUACAUAGCCAGCAAGAGGGGUAUUAUCGUGUAGGAUUAACUACAUUUCUUACCCCAAUGCCUACAGGAACAGGGUCGUUUCUGUACUAAGCCUAUAGGAAUGAGACCGGUCAAUAGACAGUGGGUUCAGGCUCGUUCAGAUUUGAUGCAGUUAACCACAUUUUUGUUUUUUCGUAGUUUUUUUAUGAGUCAGCUUGUACUCCCUCACAUCUUAGUAUCUUAUUAAAUUUACACAGAAAAGGAGUAUGUGAAUUAUGUUCCUUUUCACCUGUGCGACCUUUGACCGUUGACCAGUUUACUCAAAAUCUGAUCAGAGCAUCUUCCUAUAUGGUGAUACAUACUAUCACCAAGUUUGAGCCUCGUAUUUGCCUCUGUCAGAUGUGAAAAGUCCUUAAUUAUUCUAAUGCCCACAAUACAUUACACGAUCCUCCUGCCAUCAAAUUUUUGAAGACAUGGCAAUUUUGCUUCAAAGAGAUGUCGUCGGUACUUGAGUGGUUUAAGCUCUUAACUGGAAAUGCAAAGGUUGUGGGUUCGAUCCAUCUUUUGAAAGAGGCCUUUGUGGAAGUUCCUGCCAUAUGCCCCUCUCAUUAUAAAGAACAAUGUCAUAACAAACCCUUAUUGUUUAAGGUAGAUAAGAUGGUAUACUCGUUUUGUAUUCCCCUGGUGUAAUAAGGUUUACAGACAAGAAGUUAAGAAGUCACUUUGAAAACACAGUCAACUCUGCGUAAGUCGACUGUCUACUUAGGGAUAGUCGAGUUCUGUUUUCAGACCACAAAUGCCUUCAAAGUGCCUGGUUAUUGCUCUUAUUCUUAUCUAUGACAUUACUAGUGCCCUUUUAGAACCUAAAAUUGCUAUGAAGGUGAUUUUAGACCCAUAAUGUAUGAAAUUUAGCCAAUUCAAUCAUACCAAUUCAGCUCUACUUU